UCUAUGUGUCCGAUUACCCUCACGCCUAGUUUUCUUCUGUCCUACGCUCCGCAUGUUCUUAACGUUCCGUUUGUGGCGUGUUUGCAAUCCAGCUGUACUGUGUUUCUUUCCGAGAAAAAUCCCCACAGCUGUAUUUCUAGCACCUGUUCGCAACCAUUUUAAGGCAACAACUUCUCUAAUGUCCGAACAGCCUCAGUGUAAACGCCAGUGCAAAGAAAACGUAAUGAAGGCACGCAUCGGGACACACAGCGGGACGUUCCACUGCGACGAAGUUCUAGCGUGCGUAUUGCUACGACAGCUACCGGAGUAUAAGGGUGCUGAAACUGUACGGACACGAGACCCAAAACUCCUUGCCACAUGUGAUGUGGUUGUAGAUGUGGGUGGAGAAUACGAUCCUAAGCAUCAUCGAUAUGAUCACCAUCAGAGGUCCUUCAAUGAGUGCAUGAACAGCUUGAAGCCGGAAAAGCGCUGGGUGACGAAGCUGAGUAGUGCUGGCCUGGUGUACCUGCAUUUUGGCCAUAGGAUCUUAGCAAAUAUUUUGGGUCUGAAUGAGGAUGAUCCACAGCUCACAAUCUUGUAUGACAAGGUUUAUGAAAAUUUUAUUGAAGAGAUUGAUGCAAUCGACAAUGGCAUUUCUCAGUGGGAUGGGGAGCCGCGUUACGCUGUGUCUACAAACCUGAGUGCUAGAGUGGCACGUCUGAAUCCUCGUUGGAAUGAUGAGAAUCAGGACACUGAGGCAGGCUUCAAGAAAGCCAUGGAACUUGUAUGGACUGAGUUUUCAGAACGAGUUGACUUCUAUUACAAAUCCUGGAUUCCUGCCCGUGAACUGGUAGAAGCAGCUAUCAAAGAGAGAAACAAGGUUGAUCCCAGCAAUGAAAUAGUACUUUUCUCCCUAGGAGGUUGUCCCUGGAAAGAACACCUUCUCAAACUUGAGGAAGAGCUUCAUUUGGAAAAACCCAUCAAAUUUGUAUUGUUCACAGAUCAGAGUGGGCAGUGGAGAGUACAGUGUGUUCCUGCAGGUCUCAACACUUUCCAGAACAGGUUACCUCUUUUGGAACAGUGGCGUGGUGUCCGUGAUGAGGAACUUUCCAAAGUUAGUGGAAUUCCAGGUUGCAUCUUUGUCCAUGCCAGUGGCUUCAUUGGUGGAAACCAAACCAAGGAGGGGGCUUUGGAGAUGGCUCGCCGAACACUGCAAGCUGCUUCUCAGUCUGCUUCCAGUGGAAGCUAAGAUACAAUGCUUGUUUUUUAAAAAUGUGUACAUUUGUUCCCCUUUUCAGUUUAAUAAAAAUAAAAUUCCAGCUUUUAUCUUUCA